AUGGAGCUCGUUAUCCCAGAUGCUGCGGUGCCCCCAACCCACAUCCCCCACACCCUUUACGACCUGAGCCUGCCUGCCUGCGCAAGGGCUCUUUAUCCCUGGCGGGGGCGCCCACUCAGCCGCUGCACAGGGCUAGUCCUAGUGUGCAUCCUGUAUCGCGCGACACAAACCAGAAAGCAGCUGGCUGUCGGCAGCCAGGAUCAGGACAUCGCGGCCCCGCGCCGUGCCCAGGCCCCCGCGCAGGGAUCCACUUUGCAUUUCGGACGCACAGAAGCAUUGGCCAUCAAAGAUCCCAGGGGCUCAGUGAGAGCUAGCCGCGCUCCCCGGAACCUGGGAUCUGGGGCAGCGGCAAGAACUUGUCUGCGCUCGCCAAACCAGCAGAGAGCUCAGCUUACCCAACUGCGGCCUCAGCCACUGCGCAGGCGCCAGACUACAGCUAGCCGGACUGGCCAGAUCCAUUCGGGGGUGGGAGCUUUUGGCGACAACCAAUCGAGGCUCAGCGAGGAGAAGGAGGCGGGGCCGAUGGGCGAUGGUUGCCUGGCAAGAGCGUUUGGCGCGGUGCUUGGGACGCAGUGGGUACUGGAUUGUGUCCUCCAGACCCGGGGCUGGGCUGGGAGUGCAAGCCGCGUCCCUUCGUGUGCAUCUUACCGGCCUGCCGUCUGGGGCCUUGUACCGGGCCGCCUGAAGCCUUGUACUGGGCCUCCUGGAGCCUUCUCGUUCCUUCCACCGCCAGCGCCCGAUACUCGCCCUCAGCCCAGCCCAGGAGGGCCAGGCCUGCUCUGUCUCCAUCCCCAUCCCCACCCCGGGCACAGGCCCUUGAGACCAGCCCUCCCCACUUUCCCGGCCCAGGCUGGCCCAGGGCCCCGAAGCCCACCCACCAACGCCUGUAGCAGCCGCGCCUGCCCUCUCUGGUCCGUGGUAGUGUUGGUUACCAUGGUGAAGCUGGCAGCCAAAUGCAUCCUGGCAGGAGACCCGACAGUGGGCAAGACGGCCCUGGCACAGAUCUUCCGCAGCGAUGGAGCCCAUUUCCAGAAGAACUACACCCUGACAACAGGGGUGGAUUUGGUGGUGAAGACGGUGCCAGUUUCUGACACGGGCGACAGUGUGGAACUCUUCAUUUUUGACUCUGCCGGCAAGGAGCUGUUUUCUGAAAUGCUGGACAAAUUGUGGGAGAGUCCUAACGUCUUAUGUCUCGUCUAUGAUGUGACCAGCGAGCAGUCCUUCAACAGCUGCAGCAAGUGGCUAGAGAAGGUCCGGUCACAGAUUCCGGGCACCUCUCUCCCAGGUGUUUUAGUGGGGAACAAGGCAGACCUGGCCAGCAGGCGAGCUGUGGACUCCGCUCAGGCCCAGGCAUGGGCGCUGGGCCAAGGCCUGGAAUAUUUUGAAACUUCUGUGAAGGAGAUGGAAAACUAUGAAGCCCCUUUCCACUGCCUGGCCAAGAAGUUCCACCACCUGUACCGGGAGAAGGUGGAAGUUUUCCAGGCGUUGGUGUGAUGUCCGGGUGGAUUGUUCCGCACGCUGGGGCAGUGAGUGCCACUAUGGACCUGGCAGUGGGCUCUGUCUCCUUGGAAGAGGAAAGAAGCUGGAAUUGCCUCUAUAUAUCAUGACAGCUUUAAAUAAAAUUAGGAAAAAAU